ACUUAACUUUGGCUUUCUUUUGUUUCCCUCCGGAGUCUUCACAACAGCUGCACUUGCGCUGUCAAGGGGCGGAAUGUCCAAUGGCUAACAACAACAACAACAACAACAACGUGUGUGCAGGUGUGUCUGAGGCAGCGGGGAAGGAUCUGUAUGCUGUUCUGGGAGCCAACCCUUCAGAUUCAUUUCAGGAGCUCAGACGCAGAUAUCAGAAGCUCGCCUUGCAGUGCCACCCAGAUCGUCUUGGAGAUGUGUGUGAUGCAGAAGCAGAGUCUGGUAUGAGGAUGUUUCUUGAAAUUGAUGCGGCCUGGAGAAUCCUGAGUGAUCACAGCACCAGGAGACAAUAUGACCAAGAGAGGAGAGCUCAGGAACUGAAACAGGAUUGGCUCGUUGAUACCACAGUCUCCAUGGAAGACAUGACCUGGAACCAGGAAGAGCUUGUGUAUACGUACUGCUGCCGCUGUGGGGGACAAUUCCAAAUUACAGAAGAAGAGAUGGAUGCAGAGAUGCAAUGGAGGAAAGGUGCUAAUGAAGAAGAGGAAACGGAGGAACACCAUCAUGUGGUUGUAUGCUGUAACACGUGUUCCCUUAGUGUGUACGUGACAUAUCCUUUGCAUAGCAACUAUGUUCAUAGUUUGAAGCCUAGAAUUGAAGGUGUGUAAACGUAUCCAGAGCGCUAGCAGCAGAUUAGCCUGGUGAGAAAGCAUCCGUUUUCCGUUUUCCCAACUAGGAAAAAAACCACACUGGAGGUGCUGCAGAUCCUUCGUCCUGACAGCCAACACUUAAUGAGGCGUUGGUCUGCAAUGUAAAUAUAAACAAAAUAGCGCAAAAUGGUGCGUGCUUGUCAAGUCAAACCAUAGUUAAAAGUUAUUUCAAUAAGACAACCAUUGGAAAGUAAAUCCAACUAAAGUGCUGUUUGCUUUUUUUUUUUUUUUACUAUGCACCACUUCUUGAUAUUUUGUUUGCCAUCUUAAAACAGCAACAACUUUUCAAAAACAACUUUCCGCACAAUUUCACAUCACCUAUGCAAUUACAAUAGCAGUGGUUCAGUGGUGGAGUAAAACAAUUAGACAAUAAUUACUGCUGUAAAAAAUACAGUACAGCAACAACAAAGUAAAAGUGACACUUUCAACAGUGCAAUCAAUGUUUGUUUAUAUUCCUGUCUGCUAAACAUGCUGCUAAUAUGAAUGCACUAGUAGCUAAGCUAAUACAGUAGUGAGGAGCAGAAAGUGGAAAACAACUUAUACUCUUUUAAAAUUGUUUCCAAAUUCAGGAGGAAGCCAACUAUGCUGUUCUAAUGUCACCUGCUGUGCUGAACACUCGUUCAGAGGGGGGGGGGGACACUUGUUGGGGACGGACAAAUAGCUCCUGGACAACUUUGAAAGCAGUGGAAGAUCCACUUGUUCUGACCUGAUUUGCUUGGUUUUUCCCCGGUGUCUGACGAGGAACUAGACAGGGAGGCGGCGGUAGACUAGUCCGUGUUGUGGUGUCCCCUUUUGGGGGGAUUUGUCGUGCUGCUGUUGUAUGGCUUCUUAACGCGGCAUUCUUUGCAAAUGACAGACGUUUUGUCGAGCUUUCCACUGUUCUUUGUGAAUCUGUAGUGUUUCCAAACAUACCAUUUAAACGUUGCGGGGGGGGGGGGGGUUAAAUAAAGAAACUUCCUCGCUGCUGUUUGUGUACGAACGUCCAUGCUGUUUUACUCGUAGUGUGCCUCACAUGCUUCCGUCCGUAUUCAAAUAAUGAUGGUGCAUUCAUUGCACCUGGGGAACAGCAUAUGGGGUGAAGUUGAACAUUAAUAAAACGGCACUUACAUCGGAUUUUACCGAUACCCACAAACGCAUCGCGAUGAAUCUAUUUUUUUUUUUUUUUGUCCCGUCCAGCCAUUGGGGCAGAUAGUAUUGUUGAUCUAAAUGGCAGGAGGCACCGCCUCCCGCCCCCCACACACCCCCAGGAAGCAGAACCAGGCCCGCCCCAGGUAACCCCAGGCCCGACCACCGACAUAGGACCACCCCGGCCAGGACAGAAGAGGCCCGGGCACACUGCCCCAUGGAGGACCGGGCGGUUGAGAUGGAACACCCUACGCCAGACCCCCGCAGAGCCCCCCCCCCCCCGUAUAUCUACAUGGCCAUAUACCCACAUACAC